AUGGUUGGUUUCUAUUACAUUUCAACGAUUGGUUUUGGUGGAUUGGUAGGAGAUGUUUCACAGCGUUUGUGCACAGCAGCAGAAAUAAAGUUCUACGUCACUAGUCUCGUUGAACAGAAACAAGAUGGUUCAAAGACUACUAACUACCUGAAACCUAACAAGAACUGUAAUUUAUCCUCGUGGGUUUCUGGGUGUGAGCCAGGAUGGGCUUGUAGUGUUGGUAAAGGCAAGAAUGUUGACCUGAAAAAUUCAAAGGACAUGCCUGCUAGAAUUAUUGACUGUCAGCCUUGCUGCGAAGGCUUCUUCUGUCCACACGGUAUAACCUGCAUGAUACCUUGCCCAUUAGGCUCUUACUGCCCCCUUGCAAAGCUCAAUAAAACUACUGGUGUAUGUGAUCCAUAUCAUUACCAGCUGCCUCCUGGGCAGUCAAACCAUACUUGUGGGGGAGCAGAUGUUUGGGCCGAUUUCUUGAGUGGUGGUGACGUAUUCUGUUCAGCAGACAUUACUGCAGAGCUGGUUCUACAUCUCAACAAAGUAAGUUUCUUUUUAGUUUUUGAGUUUGUUGCAUUAGGCAUUACAGAUGCUCCUUUUGUAGCAUUGUUUACGAGAAAUCAACACAUGAACCAUGUUACCAUAGAAGAGGUAAUUAAUGACGACGCAGACAUGAGUAUUGCAGUUUGGCACAGAUGGUAG